GACUCGCAAGGCCACAGUGGCAGGGACUGACUCACGGGGGGACAGGCUGUGCCAUGAGGUCAGUGAGGCCCUGCCUCUCCCCGGGCCGGUCGCUACUCCUGGCGGUGCUCCUGGUUGACUCUCUUGGCAAGGAUUUAAUUUUUCACCCGGAGUGGGGCUUUGACUCCUAUGAAAUCACCAUUCCCAAGAAGCUGAGCUUCCGUGGAGGGGAGCAGGGGACGGCCAGGCACGUGUCCUACCUCCUGCAGGUAAAAGGCGAGAACCGCGUCCUUCACCUGUGGCCCAAGAGGUUUCUGUUGCCUCGGAAUCUGCAGGUUUUCUCCUUCACAGAACAGGGGAGACUCUUGGAAGAUCACCCUUAUAUACCCAGUGACUGCAACUAUAUGGGCUUGGUUGAAGGAAAUCAGGAUUCUGAAGCUACGAUAAGUACAUGCAUGGGAGGUCUCCGGGGCAUCCUGAAAAUUGAUGCCAAUUAUUACCAAAUCGAGCCCCGCAAGGCUUCUUCCAAUUUUGAACACGUGGUAUACCUCCUGGAGAAAGAGGAGGAAUUUCCUAAUCAGAUCUGUGGAUUCACUGAUGAUGAAACAAUAGAGCAGAUGGCCCAGCAUGAGAACAUGGCUAGGACACCCGACUUAACUGACUUAUAUACACAUCAAAUGUACUUGGAAUUAGCCCUGGUCUUUGAUAACAGUAGGUAUUUGUUUUCAAACUCCAAUCUUACUCAAGUCAUAAAUGAUGCCAUUCUUCUGACUUCUAUUAUGGACUCUUACUUCCAAGAUAUCCGUCUGAGAAUACAUCUAUUUAGUGUUGAAGUAUGGACAGAUAAGGACAAAAUUAGAGUUAAUUUUACAAAGAUAGAGCAAGUUUUAAGCCAGUUUUUGGUAUACCGAACAAGUGUACUAAACACUCGGAUCCCAGUAGACUGGGUACACCUAUAUCUUAAAAGAAGUUUUUCAGAUUUACUUGCACAGUCUGGGGGACAUGUGUGUAGUCAGUUUUAUGCUGGCUCUGUAAGUGUCUUUCAAGAUGUAAAUAUCCUUGCACCUGCCACUUGGUCAGCUCAUGUACUGGGACACGGUGUGGGAAUGCUACAUGAUGAAGCAUACUGCCAGUGUAAGGGAAGGUAUAGUUGCAUUAUGGGUACUGGGCGAUAUGGGUUUAGUAAUUGUAGUUAUGCCCAUUAUUUUGCACACAUAUAUAAAACUUCAAGUGCAAGGUGUCUAACUAAUCUCCCAGGCCUAGGCUACGUGCUUGAGAGAUGUGGAAACAAAAUUGUGGAAGGGAAUGAGGAAUGUGAUUGUGGUUCAUCAGAGGAGUGUGAAGAAGACAGGUGUUGUCAACCAGAUUGUAAAUUCAAAGAAGGAGCCAAUUGUAGCACUGGACUUUGCUGUCAUGAGUGUCAGUUUCGUCCAUCUGGAUACAUGUGUCGGGUGGAAGAAAAUGAAUGUGACCUUGCAGAGUACUGCAAUGGGACCUCAGCUUUCUGUCCAAGUGAUACUUAUAAGCAGGAUGGAACCCCUUGCAAGUACAAAGCCCGUUGUUUCAAACAGAGUUGUCAAUCCAGGUAUAUGCAGUGCCAAAAAAUUUUUGGACUUGAUGCCAAAGAUGCUCCUCAUCAGUGCUAUGAUGCAGCAAAUUUAUUAGGUGACCAAUAUGGGAACUGUGGGAUUUCAGGACUACGUGCAUUUCGAAAGUGUACCAAGCAAAAUUCAAUAUGUGGCAGGCUACAGUGCAUAAAUGUUGAAACCCUCCCUGAUAUGCCAGAUCAUACUAUCCUAAUAUCCACUCAUCUGCAUGAAGAAAAUCUCAUGUGCUGGGGCAUUGGCUAUCAUCUAGCCAUGGUACCUAUGGGGUUACCUGACCUGGGUGUGAUAAAUGAUGGUACCUCCUGUGGUAAGGAACGGGUAUGUUUUAAUAGAAGAUGUGUGAAUAGCUCAGUCCUGAAAUUUGACUGUUUCCCCGAGAAGUGCAACCGCCGAGGAGUUUGCAACAAUAACAGAAACUGCCACUGCAUGUAUGGUUGGGCCCCUCCGCUCUGUGAGGAGGUAGGAUAUGGAGGAAGCAUUGACAGUGGGCCUCCAGGACCACUACGGAACGAGGUGUCUGCCUCACUUGAGGUUGUGAUUCUUAUAUUAACACGCCUUGUUUUCUUAAUUAUCUCAGUGAUUGUUGUGUUUUACAGGAAAAUCCUAUAA